GCUCUCGUCAAUCACCGACGACAGAAGGCGCUGCUGUGGCUGCUCAAAGAGGCGGCAAAUUGUAAUUCUUGCGGACAUGCCCGUGCAGCGCAUGGCCGAAGAGGUCUAUCUGCACUGCAAGACGGGGUGGUCUCGUCUGAGCCCAGCUAGCUUCUUCUUUCCUCGGAUCCGAUACAAGGAAGGCAACCCCACUGAUGUCACGGAGCUGUUGAAGGUGAGUGCUCCCUUUGCCAGCGAAAUCCUCGUUGCCAGCACGUCCAACAAUGCUUCCCGCUCAGACGUCAAGGCCAUCUCUACCCUGUUGGCUGUCGCAGCCAUGCCUGCAGAUUUGCCGGUCACUUGCGACGUGUCCGUA